UGUGGGGUUCUGAGGUCCAGUUACUACCAGGGAUUGAAAAUCUAUCGGCUAUUGGAUUUAGAGCCAAAGUUUUGUUUUUAAUUAACUGCCAUAGCUUAAGCUUUGCAUUCAUGUCUCAUGGUAGGCUAAGCCUAUCUUUGGUUCUCUUCUCUAGUCUCCUGCUCGCCAGCUUAAGCAGAGUGUAAGAGAGCAACAUCAACCUUCUUUUCAGCUUUGCCUCCAUAGCCGAAACAGCGAACCUUAACUUCUGGAAGCACACACACAGACAGCCCCUGCAUUAUUGGAUUAAGAAGAUGGCUUCCACAAUUUUUAGAAGCCUUCAUUCCCACCCUUUUUUGUUUCAUCCAACUGCAUUAAUUAGAAGAAAAGAUGUCAUUUUGUAUUGCACAAUGAGAAGCGCACAAACCCAGACAGCAACACAAGAAAAGGUUAAGCCACAAGUGAAAGUUUCGCCACAUGGUACCCAGAGCAAAGCACUCGAGAAAGCCUCAAAGGACUAUGAAGCAGUCAUAGGUAUUGAAACCCAUGUCCAGCUCAACACUCUUACCAAGGCCUUCUGUAGUUGUCCUUAUAAUUAUGGCUCUCCUCCAAACACCAGCGUCUGCCCCAUUUGUAUGGGUCUGCCUGGAGCUUUACCAGUUUUGAACUUGAAGGUCAUUGAUUCUGCAGUGAAAGUGGGACUUGCACUCAAUUGCAAAUUGUCAUUGAACUCAAAGUUUGAUAGGAAACAAUACUUUUACCCAGACCUUCCGAAGGGAUACCAAAUAUCGCAGUUUGACGUUCCAAUUGCAACCAGUGGUUACAUUGACUUGGAUCUUCCGCUAGAGUUUGGUGGUGGGCAUAGGAAGUUUGGCAUUACAAGAGUUCACAUGGAAGAGGAUGCUGGGAAGCUGCUUCAUUCAGAAGGUGGAAGUUACUCGCAGGUUGAUUUAAAUAGAGCAGGGGUGCCCUUGCUUGAGAUUGUUUCUGAACCUGAUAUGAGAAAUGGUAUUGAAGCUGCAGAAUAUGCUGCCGAGUUACAGAGGUUGGUUCGGUAUCUGGGAGUGAGUAAUGGCAAUAUGCAAGAAGGUUCACUUCGUUGUGAUGUUAAUGUUUCUGUUCGACCAAUUGGGCAAUUACAGUUUGGGACGAAGGUGGAGAUAAAAAAUUUGAACUCAUUUUCAUCUGUUAGUAGGGCAAUUGAUUAUGAAAUCUCAAGGCAGGUGCUUCUUCAUAGUCAAGGCCAGGAUAAAGAAAUUGUACAGGAAACUCGUCUAUGGGAAGAAGGAGCUCAGAAAACAGUUACAAUGAGGAAGAAAGAAGGACUUGCCGAUUACCGAUAUUUCCCAGAACCAGACCUUCCGGGAGUUUUCCUCACUACAGACUAUGUUGAUGGUAUUCGUAAUUCUUUGCCUGAACUUCCAGAAACGAAGCGUCGGAGGUAUGAAAAGAUGGGCCUGAGCAUGCAGGAUGUUCUUUUCCUUGCAAAUGACAUGAACGUUGCAGAGUUUUUUGAUACCACUAUUACAAAAGGUGCUGAUGUGAAGCUAGCUACCAACUGGAUAAUGGGCGAUAUUGCUGCCUAUAUGAAAAACGAAAAGUUGACCAUCAAUGAGAUUAAGCUUACUCCUCAAGAGUUGGCUGAAUUAAUAGCUUCCAUAAAAGAUGGGACCAUUAGUGGGAAGAUAGGAAAAGAGAUAUUGUUUGAGCUUCUAGCCAAGGGUGGUACUGUGAAGGGACUGAUAGAAGCAAAAGAUUUAGUUCAGAUAGUAGAUCCUGCUGAGAUUGAAAAAUGGGUAGAAAAGGUGUUGUCCGAGAAUCCCAAGCAGCUGGAACAAUAUCGUGGUGGAAAAACUAAGCUGCAAGGUUAUUUUGCUGGCCAGGUAAUGAAACUAUCAAAAGGAAAAGCAAAUCCAGGGCUCCUAAACAAGAUUCUUUUAGAGAAAUUGAACGCCAAAAGCUGAUAAAACUGCAGGUUGGUAUCCGCAAACAGUUUGUGUAUUUCACUGUUGCACACAACUGCUAAUGCUGUUGCGUCUCGUGCAUAUUCCAUUAUAAAAUCUGAAGGAAAUAUAAUAUGUAAAUAUUAUUUGUAACAAGAUGACUGGUCACCAAUGGCAAACCUCCAUUAUUCUAGUCAGAUGAAAUCACUCACAAUGGAAGGGUUGUGACAUUUUGUUGCAUGAAUUAAUCUUGCCUAUGGUAAGCGUCUCUUGAGUUUGAUGUCUUAGUUUGCCAGCUACUUCUGAACCAAUAGUCAGCAGCUGCUUGAGAUAUUACUUGCCCUAUCUGAAUUAUGCAAUCAGUGUUUCUGGAGAGUGUAGAAAUGAUUGGCUUCUAGUUUUAUAUAUCCUGUUGCUGUUUGAUUGCGCUACAAGCUAGAAAGUUGGAUUGGAUGAAUAAAUAUUGACUUGUAAACUCACCAUCCCACAUAUAGAUUAUUUUCCAGAAUUCAAGCUCUUGUUUUGGAGUUCAUUUUCUUUCUC